AUGAAGACUGCAGAUCACCUUAGGUCCCUCAUUAGUGAUCUAGAAAACUACGAAAAGGAGUUGAAGGAAAAAGUUCAGCAAAAGGAAGCAGAAUUGGAUUUAUUACUUCGAAAAGUUUUAUCCGAAAAAUCUACCAAAGUUUCCUUUUGUAAUACCAGUAGUAAUGCAGAAAACCCGUGCGAAUUCGCAACUGCCUCUUCUGCUUUUCAACUCCGCAUAUCACGCAAUCCCAUCAAAAGAGAAGUUAAAGACAAUAUGGUGCGAUCGCCUUCACCUUGUUUAACAGGAGAGAAGAGACGCUUAAAUCCAUCUACAGUCUCUACUACUAUCUCCAGUAAACCUGUCGAGAGUGUAAAGGAUUGUAAUUCUAACAAUUACUUCCAGGAUCCACAAGAUGACUCUGGUUUAAUUAAUAUAAAUGAGGUUUCAUCCAUUUCCCGUGCUAGUAAUGAUAUCUCCAUGGACUCUGGAUGCCCCACAGAAGCUGAAGUCCUCUUAACAACAGGUCUCACAGAGAAGAGUCGACCAACAACACGUCGCGUACGCUUCGUAAGCCGAAGCCCACAGAUAGCGUCAUCUGAUCUUAACAAGGAUAAAGAAAUUCAUAUGAAGCCAGAAAAGAUAUUAAAAGGAAAACCCCGUAGUACCCCAAUGCCAAACUCAAAGACUUUUCGAAACUCUUCUUUACAAUCUCUUCAGAAUGAUGAUAAGGCGAAUGAGUGUUGUGCAUCUCCUGUGGGGAUAGUAUCUAAAUCACAACGCAUCAUAAAUAAAGAAAACAAUAAUACUUUGCCAAAUAAUAUCAAUGAUCAUGAAGAUAAACCUUGUUAUAUUCGUCAAGAUCAAAAACAGAGAGGUCCAAAAGGACCUUCAGAAGACUCUAGAUGUAUAAAAGACAAGACAGAUAAUAUUUCUUCAGAUGUUUUGCUGCCGAGACUCUCUUCAUUGCGUGAGUCUGACACAACGCGUCCAAUUCAGCGGAGAGUUGAUGGAAUCCCAUCGCAACAACAACAACAAAGACAACAACAGAAAAGAAACAGAAGUUCUGAUUUGAUAGUGAAGACUCCUCGCAUCUCCGCUUCACGUAGUGUGAGUGCUGCAAGAACACAGAUAGCAAGUAGUGUACAACAGGAAGGUAGAGGGGCUGGAAUCGUUCUUGCUUGUGGUCCUACACUAUUUUUUGACUAA